AUGUACCCUUCAUCUUCGUCACUCAUAUCACCAAUGGAGUCUUCCUCAUCCUCAUCCUCAUCUCCGACUUCCUCAAGUCCUACAGCUCUGCCCACCCCUCCCAAGACGACCACCAAACCAAUAAAGCUGAGAGCGGCCUGUAACCACUGCUUCUCCGCCAAGGUUCGAUGUAAUGGAAACAAGGAAGGCUGCCGUCGAUGCUCCGAAAAGCGACUCUCCUGCAUUUACAGCGAAUCUCGCGUGGGUAAGGUCGUAGGGAAGCGGAGGAAACGACCGCUUGCAGACCCUACCACGAACAUCAACUCCCAACCUUGGGUCAUUAAUGGUACUGCCGGUCCUGUACAGUCAAUCCCAUCGCCCGCCAAUAGCAAUAGCCCACCCCAAUCGAGCAAAGGAGACUGCCCGGUUCCAAACUGGUCGUUGUUCCUUGUCGGUGGUGAUCAAGGCUCCCUGGGUUGCGACGAGGCGACCGAAUCGUUGAACGCGAUUGAUAUGGCCAACAAUCGGAGUUUCUCCGCGGCUAGUGAUCUCAGCUUCUUCAACAAUAACGGCCUGCCUACGCCCGGCCUCAGUCCGCCACAGUUCACGCGCUACCUCUCCCCAGCCCAGCUCGAUAUCCGACCCUCGUCGAGAGGCUUGCUUGAUACGUCGAAACUGUACCCCCCUUCACAAAUCGCCGCCGCACCAGCGCCUUUCAUCCGCACCGCCCGCCAGUCGCCCGUAACGCCUGAUGACGAAGAGACGGUCUGCAUCAAAUUGCUGGCUCACCUCAAACGGCAUGCUGGGGACGUUAUGCAGCCUCGCGAGAGCCAGCUUGUACUUUUAAAGAAGAGCAACGCCGCUGUCCGGAGAAUCUUGCACAGCAAAUCCAUCCGGUCCGCAUAUACGUGCCACCUACUCCUCUCGAGCAUCCUGAAUCAGCUCGUCAAUCUGUGCGAGCUUCUUUGCCAACAAGCCGCAUCCAAAAAGUCCAGGCCAACGACAUCGAAUGUGGACUCACAGUUCCUUCAGGACGAGGCACCCUUUGAAACGUUUUCCGGAUUUUUCGCCGGCGAUGGGAUGCCACCCACGCCGCCCUUGGACUACAAGGUGGUGAUGGCGCAAGUCAAGGACGUCAUGUCCUUUGCGUCAAUCAUGGGCGAUAUGCUGAAGAAAAAGCCUCUUGGAGGCUUUCAGAGUCUCGGACGGCACGAGACUUUUCAUGCUGAAUUGGAGCAGAGACUCAAAAGGGCUGCCGGCAUGAUGCAGCUGUAG